GUCUAAUAGAGCAACACUGUAACUCAGUCCCCAUCAGUGAUUCACAACAAAGAGGAAGGUCACAUUUCCCACACGGAAAAGCAAAUAAACUUUAAAUAGCACAUUAUUGGUAAAUUACCCACACAUUGCCGUUUGUUUACAUAUCAUCAGCAAUACUGAUAAAAUAUUAUAUUGAAACACCUCCGUGCAAGCGGAUGUUAAGGUCGAUCGUACAAAAUACAAGAAACACUUGCUCCACAACAUAUACGCGUCUCUAGUCCAGAUUUGUAAUCCGGUUCAGUUUUAGCUCCAGUGCAUCUUAGAUUCGCGAAUAUGAUUGUGUUUCGAGGAAGCGGAAUUAUAUUUUUCAUAUCUGUGACCUUGGUCACUAACGUUGUUUCGCAAGAUCUGUCCAAUUUGAGGAUCAAUAUCGAAAAUGCAGUCAGACAAGGAUUAGCCCCUUUGAAGAAUCUUGGACCUAUAAUCAGCCAUAGUGUUUAUGGUGCCUAUAGGCCUGUCCAGCAAAGCAAAAUGCCAGGAAGGACAUACGACUCGUACCCGGACAACAUGUUCAGUAACCAGUUCAUGAACAGGCCCAUCAACAUGUUUGGCCAAGAUGGCCUCAACGAACUUGAUGGUUUGGGUGAGUCCAUAUCUUCCGGGGUUCACAACCAGUUGAAGCCAUUGGACAAUUUAGGCCAACAGAUCGAGCAGAACGUGUAUCAGGCUUUGGAACCUGUCAGAGCUUUGGAAGUGACUUCUAAUAUGAAGAGUGGGGUUGGGGGUACUACUAUAAUCACUUAUCUACCAUCAGGAAAACGAUUCCUCAUCCAAAACUCAGCGUGGUCCAAAUGUGAAGGUGCCAUAGACGAUAAUACUGGCCAGUGCUCGGGAAGGCUGGUAUCAUACGAAGGAAAGGAUUUGAAGGACAACUGUUACCAUCGCACCAGCUAUUCCAUAAUCAAUGACAACAUCUGUUUGGGUGCUAAUUCCGUGUCGAUUAUCAAUGAUCAGAUCAUAUGCAGGAAAGCCGAUGGAAGUCCAGCCGUUUUGAUGAAAGGAGAAGACUUUAGGAGACUCUGCCAAGGAGUUGCAGAUACAGCUAUCUACAAGUAUAUCGCGAACGAACAAGAUAUGAACCAUGUACCGAUCCCCAAUCCGAACAGAUACGUCAAGUGUGAAAACAACCAACCCGGAGUAUGUGUUUUCAGAGAAAAGUUGCCUUUUCCGGCAUCAGGGGCGUCAGGGGGGAGCAUUAUGGUCAAUAAUGUAUAUGCAUGAAAAACAAAACAAAAAUGCUGGCGAAAAAUAGACUUCAUGAAAACUCAAAUAUGGAAGGCUUGAGAAGAUCAGAUAUUAGGACGUCGACAUUCUUGCUUAUUUCUUAUUUUAUACAAAUAAUUCGCUCGGUUUGUUAUAAAAGUUUCUUAUAAAGUGUCUUAUUUCUAGAUAAAUAAAUAUAAGGUAUAACAGAAA